AUGGAUGAGUUGAUUCAAGUACUCGAAGAUGUAGAUCCUGCCGCCAAAGCCUCAUACUACAAAAUCUUAACUAGUGAACGUGAAUUUGACAACAGCGAGAAAGGAAAGAAUGGUGUCGAAGAACGAGACAAUGAAGAAGACAGUGAAUACGACGACGAUGAAGAUUAUGAAUUCGAAUUGUCGGACGAAAGUGAAGACAACGACGGAGAAGCAGAAGAAGAUGAAGGUAAUGAUACAAAUGAGCAAAAUAAACAUCAUCAAUCCAGCAGUAUGAAAAAAGAAGUUGAAAAUCAAUAUGUUCUUCAUGUGGACGUAUCGAUACAAACACCAGGUGAAUUGGAUUACAUCUUCUUCGAUAUGCAAGUGCUGGAACAACAGAAUAUGGAACUACGUUAUACAUGUCCUAUCGAUUCUUUUUAUAAUCGAGAAUGA